CAUUGCAAAGGUGUCCGUAUUUGAAAGUAUCGUUGCCGGCUUCGUUGAAUAAAAACUAUGUGUGCAUCUCCCCUGACUGGGCGGCUGUCCGGAGCUAAUGGUUGCUAACGUGACGUUUAGUUUGCCGCUGACUGAGCAGUUUGUAAUAACGUGUUGGCGCCAGCGAUAUGUUGGUGACUUCAACUUGUUUUUCCAUCACAAGCUCAAUGUGACACGUUUUCCGGUAUGAGCUUCUGCUAUUUUCUCUGUGGUGAAAACGGGAGCGCAGAGCAAAUUAUGUUUUGUUCAGCUGUUUUGCUAGUUACAGCUCAUGGCAGUGUCGGUUGGCUUGCACCUGUUAUUGAGCGGACGCCCCCCCCGUGACGUCAGAACGUCACCAUGUGUGAAUGUUUUGCUGUGCAGUUCAAAUGCCUCAAAGAAGGGUCUCCCUCCUGCAGUGGUUAAUGGCACGGCAGUGUGGGAUGCUGGUGCUGUCACAAGCAGGAGGUUCACCCAGUCUCAGACUACCCCACUGGGCCAGCAGCUCGGCCCAAGCAGUGGGUCGAAGGGAGAAACGAAAGAAAGGAUGAAAGAGCAAAGUCCAGUAAAGCAAGACGAUACGAGGCCUGACACAGACAAAGAACAGUUGAUGGCUGUCCUGCAGGGAGAAACAAAGAAUGAGGCAAAGAUGAGUCAGGUGCAAUCUGCAGUGAAGUUGGAAGAAACAGAGAUACAAGAGGCACAGCGACAGGACAAAGUGGAAACUCUUAAGAAAGAGGACACAGAAAUAGACCAUGAUAGGUUCUAUAAUAAGCAAAACACAGAGGAUGGAACUAAUGUUGCAAGUGAGGACAUUAGUCCAGAGCUAGCACUUGGGGCACAAUUAGAGUCCCUGCAAACAGAAGACAGCAUACAGGCAACAACUUGUCCAGUGCAGGAAAAAACAGAGAUACAAAGCACUGAAGAGUCAGUAACUCCAGCUGAGGAGAGUGUUCAAUACAUCACCUAUCCAGUAACUCCAGCUGAAGAGAGUGUUCAAUACAUCACCUAUCCAGUAACUUCAGUUGAGGAGAGUGUUCAAUACACCACCUAUCCAGUAACUCCAGCUGAGGAGAGCGUUCAGUACACCACCUAUCCAGUAAGUCCAACUGUGGACAGUGUUCAAUACAUCACCUAUCCAGUAACUCCAGUUGUGGAGAGUGUUCAAUAUGCCACCUAUCCAGUAACUCCAGCUGAGGAGAGUGUUCAGUACACCAUCUAUCCAGUGGAGGAACAAAUACAGAUACAAAGCUUGGAAGAAUCAGUAACCCCAGCUGAGCCCAGUGUACAAGAAACAACCCCUUUAGUACAGGAACAAAUACAGAUACCAGGGGCUGAAGAGUUUGUGCCUGAAGCUGAAACUGUAGUCAAAGUAACUGAAUGCUGGGAUGAAUAUUUAGCUGACAAUGAUGGGGCACCUAGUUCUGACCUGGUGUUUACCUCCCUUCUUGCAAACACUGAAAACCUUACAUUUAGCGGGCAACACGAUACACAAACUGGCUGGCACUUUCCUGCAGGACCAGGCCUAGCAGACGAAGUGCAGUGCCCGCUGUGGCAAUUUCCUGCCGUGAGCUAUUAUCCUCCAGCUGAGCUGACAAUGCCCUUUGAAGUAAUGUGGAGAGUAUGGGAGGAGAUGGAUGAGAGUGCCACUGAAGCAAGGCCUGCCCUGAUACCCUUCCCAUCCACAAAGGCCUCGAUGGACUUCACUGUCAUGUCCUACAACAUCCUGGCUCAAGACCUGCUGGAGGCCAACCAGGAUCUGUACACACACUGCCCCCUGGAGGUGCUGGACUGGAGCUACCGCUGCAGCCUUCUCUUAAAGGAAAUUGAGAGAUGGGCACCAGAUAUUCUGUGUCUCCAAGAGGUUCAGGAAAACCACUAUCAUGAACAACUGUAUCCAGUCCUGACUCAGAUGGGCUACACCUGUGUGUACAAGCGGCGUACAGGCACCAAGACAGAUGGCUGUGCUACUUGCUAUCGAAGCAGUCUCUUUUCUGAGGUAUCAGUCAUCCCGCUGGAGUUCUUCAGGCCUGACGUGGAGCUCCUGAACCGACACAAUGUGGGCAUUGUUUUGCUGCUUCGGCCAGUGGUCCCCCAGGGGUCACAGGUCAAGGUGACGGGUCCACUUCUCUGUGUGGCCAACACGCACCUGCUCUUCAACCCCAGGAGGGGUGAUGUAAAGCUGGCUCAGUUAGCUAUGAUGCUGGCAGAAGUCCACCGUGUGGUCAAGUCCUGCAAGGCUAAAGGCGAACAUUGUAAUGUUAUACUGUGUGGGGACUUUAACUCUGUCCCCCACAUGCCUCUGUACCAGUUCAUCACCACCGGUGAGCUCUACUACCAGGGUCUACCAGCAUGGAUGAUAUCAGGUCAAGAGGAUUUGUCAUACAAGGCCAAUUGCCACAGACUGUUUGCUCCUCUGUGGCCCAGCUGUCUGGGAAUCAGUGACAACUGCCAGUACACUACAGUCGAGGAGAUGAAUGAGAGUCAGAGUCAGGUAUUAGGGACUCGUCAGUACAGCCAUGACUUCAUGCUGUGGCUGCGCUACUGUCCAGAUGCAUAUGUCCGUCCGCCUGACUUGCAGCAGAUCCCAGGCGUGACUGACAACACACCAGAUGCUUCAAUGAGAAACCAGCCUUUUGUUAGAAGGUUCGGACACACCAUCAGUCACCGGUUAGACCUGGAGUCGGUCUAUAAACACACUCUCCCAGGCUCUGGUAACUCAGAAGUCACGACUCUGCACUCUGAAGUAGGAGCUACUGUCGACUACAUCUUCUAUUCCCCAAAACGCAUCUCACCCUCUGAUCAAAGAGCUGGUGGCGACUUAGUGAAUAAAGGUCUGAAGUUGAUUAGUUGUCUCUCCCUCCUAUCAGAGGAUGUCUUAUGGUCAAUGAAAGGCCUUCCCAACCACAUAUUCCCAUCUGACCAUCUCAGUCUUCUGGCCAAAUUCCAGCUGGACCUGAACGCUGCAUGAGAGAAAAGACUGCGGGUGAACUGAACGAGAUGGACGUGAGAGGAUAAGCAUGUUUCUGUUCAAAUGAUUCGGUUCUUGCUCUGUACACAUUUGGUUUUUGUUUUGGUUAGUAUGGAUACCAUUAUUUGCGGUUCAAUCCUGGCAACAGAGGAUAAUAGUUUUCUAACUAAAUGGGACGUUCACAUUUUUGUUCAAAAGAGCCAGGAAAAUAACAAGCGCCAAUGUUCAACCCUGUUCCACAUGGUUUGCAUCGGAUAAAUGGUGCAGAACUAUGACUACGAUAUGACAAAUCUUAUAAUUGAUGAUGUAAUGGUAUUAAAGUCGAGGAUUGACUCUUAGUGGUGCGAUAAUGCACUCACUUGUUUAUUUUGCUGUUGACAGCUUCUGUCACAUUUUAAUUUUAUUUUAAACCUAAUUUUGAAAUGAGAAUUGCAUUUCUCCGAUUAUGAGUCAGUUCUAUUUUUUCAAAAAUAUACUGAAUAAAUAUUUUGCAUUAA